UUCAUCUCGAACAGCGAUUUUUUCAAUCUGAAUGACCUUGGUCAAUUCAUUCCCUUUGUCCCCGCGUUAAUCGGAUGCUGUGUUCCCAAGUUAGACCUCAUGCUCCGCGACGAGCUUCUCCGGUCUAAGAACGAUGAGAUCGCAAAUUGUUUGUUGUCGCGCAAGCGAAAACUGACGGAAUUGUAUUAUGCGACCGUGGGUUUUGAGGGUGCGACCGCCGAUGCUCUCUAUCACCAGAAAGAACAGGCGUUUCUCGACGCCAACGACCUGUCCAAAGGUCGUUACUUCGAUGAAUCCACCCUACCGUCGCCUGCCCAUGCGCGCACUCGAGAUACUACCAAGAAAGUAAUUGCGUCGCCGGCAAAAACUGCAACAAAAACUCAAGCCACUUUACGGAUCACUCCACCGCCGACUUUAGAUGGAAACACUCUUUCAAUCCCAACUGAAGCCAGUCCGCGGGGAACAUCUACACUAGGCUCGCCCGCAACUGCAAAGCCCGUCGCAUCUGUUGUGAAAGUUCCACCAACCUCUGACCAAUCUCCAGAGCCGGCCGGUAGCCCACAAGCAUUCCAAGGACAGGGCGUUCCAAUUGCCGCCGUGUCAUCCAACCAGUCCCCGGAACAGUCAAGCGCAUCAGUACCAGAAACCCCCCUCAGCUCCCAAGAACAGAAUGGCGUGGAGGUCAAAUUCUCUCCCAGUGCAGCGACAAGUACCGCCCCUUCAUUGGAGCUCCCAUCCACAUCACUUCCUCGAAAGAAAAUCGAGUCGCGACCUUCUCUCACAAUAGGCCCCUCGAAACCCGACCAACCUCUCUCCCCAGCUUCCUCAAUCGAUCCAUAUUCUAAUAAUACUCCUGCGCCCGUCACUGCGUCUCCUGUCACUAGCCCUGGAGAGGAAGCCGCCGAAGCUGGGAAAAGCGACCACCCAAGUCCUCAACAUGACCGACCUAUCCAAAACCGGCAAAGCUUGGUUCCAUCGACCCCCGAUGAGCAACUGCGAAUGGAGGAAGCACAAUCAAUGCAGACUGCUGAAGAAUCCAAGCCGGAGGUGCCUAUAUUGAACGAGAUAAUUCAGGAGGAGGUGGGACCUAGCGUGGAUGAGAAUGCCAUGGAGGUUGAUCAGGAACCUGUCAAAAGUGCAGAAGAGAUAAAAGUUCAAGACCAAUCAGCUGCGGUCAAAGUUGAUAAUCCUUCACCAACUGAACGCCCAUCUGAAGCAAUCGAGCCAGUCGAUAAUGCUGAUGAAGCAUCGACGAACAAAAAGCCAGUAGUCAUUCCGCCAACACAGCCCGGUCUCCCACAACCUGAACGAAUGACAACUCGAGUAUCAUCAGGAGCAAUUCGGCAUAAGUCUGUCUCAGAAAUUCUUGGAGAAACACCUCGAACACCUCAUACUCCUAGCGAUAAUGAUGCACCUGACAGUGUGGCCCGGAUGCGAUUUAAGGAUCGCAAAGAACGCGAGAAGGAAAGGACUCGACUUGCGACUGUGGUUUUCCCCAAUAGGACCCCCCAACAGGACAAGACCGACUCGAUGAAUCUUGUGCAUGGAGAUUCAGGCGAUGCUGUUGCCAAGCUGAACCAGGAGCAGGACUAUCUUUUCACUUUGUUCUUGAAUCGGGCAUAUGCGCCACCAAGAGGAAUGAACAUGAGCACGCUUCUUUCAUCUGCUCAUAAAACUUUGAGCACCGAAAAUCAUUCAUUGGAGUAUCAAGAGCAAAUGAAUUGCCGCACUCUGCGACGAAUCUACGCAUUGCAGAAUGCCAACCGGUGGCCACUGCGGCAAAUGAAGCGAGCUCCUGAACCUUCCCGCCAGGGCACUCAUUGGGAUGUUGUUUUAGACCAUAUGAAGUGGCUCCGGACAGAUUUCCGAGAAGAACGAAAAUGGAAAAUCGCUGCAGCCAAGAGCUGUGCUGAUUGGUGCGCGGAGUAUGUGAGCAGCGAUGAAGAACACCGAACUCUACUUCGUGUCAACACCAAGAUUCCUACUCCAAUAGCUUCAGCACAAGAGACAACAAAUACUGAGGUCGCUUCUCCGGAUGAUACGAGCGAUGAAGCUGUCGCAUCUCACCCUACCCCGGACCUUGUACCGUCGGCCGAAGAAGAAUCAGUCAGUGACGGAUUUAACGAGGAAUCGAGACAUGACAUUCGGGAUACUGUUGCGCCUGCUGCUAUCUUUUCACUAGGCUCGGAUGAAUUUAGCUUCUCUGUUGAUAUGACACCGGCGGCAGAGAAGCUUCUUGAUGAACUACCACUCUACGAACCGCUGCGGAUUAAUCCGGGGACUCAAUUGCCUAUUUUCAAGCAACCCCCCCGAUUCUACGACGAACCACCUCGCAAGCUCAGUCGUUACGAUUAUUCUCAAUAUGGUACAGAUCUGGAAUACCGCAUUACCGAGAUUCCUCCAGAGCAGACUAAUGUCGCCUUGUUCCGCCCUGAAAAUAAACCCAUCCGUGAUCGUAUUCAUCCCGGCCAUUCUUUCAGACCGCCUACCGAACAUCCUAUGCCGUCUGUGGGAUUCUUUGAGUCGCGACAAUCUUCACAAUGGACAAUGUCAGAGGACGAUGAACUUCGUCGUCUGGUUAAGGAGUACUCCUACAACUGGUCCCUAAUUUCUAGUUGCCUGACAUCCCCUUCACUGUUUACUUCCGGCGCUGAGAGACGAACUCCUUGGGAAUGCUUUGAACGCUGGGUGGGGCUGGAAGGUCUCCCAGCAGACAUGUCCAAGACACAAUACUUCAGAGCUUACCACCAGAGACUUGAAACGGCCCAGCGGACUGUUUUGGCUCAACAGCAAGCUGCUCAGCAGCAACAGCAAGCGCAGCAGCAAGCCAACAAUGGCCAGGUGCAGCCACCUGUUCGUCGCCGGACCACCCAGCCUCUUCGUGUAGACAGGAGGAGAUCCUCUCGACACCUUGCGUUGUUGGAUGGCAUGCGUAAGCUUGCUAAAAAGCGAGAGACAAUGCUUCAGAAGCAACAACAUGCCUCUCACCUUGCUUCAUUGAGAAAGGCAAACGAAGCCAACCAGCCCAAACCCCCAAUCACUACCCCUGCGGAGUUCAGCCGACUGAAAUAUGAACGGGAAAUGAAGCUGCAAGAAAGACAAGAGCAAUACCGACAGCAGAUGAUUGCCCAGCAAAGAGCUAGUCUCGCUGCUCAGCGUGCCGGACAGUUGCCUAAUCAGCAACAGCCCCCAAUCAACGCGCAAGGACGUCCACCUAAUGGUAUUCCCCAAAACCCUGCUAAUGCAGGUAUGCCCAAUGGAACACCGAAUGGGAUGUCUGCUGGCUUGCCCCCAGGUCCUGGCGUCAACCAAGCUCGGCCUCAACCUAUGCAGGGAAUGCCCACGGGAACGACGUCAGUGAAUGGCCAACUACCUCCCAAUGCGAUGGCUAUGAAAAUGAUGCCUUCGGGUCAAAUGCAACAAGGUGUGGGCGCAAGGCCUGGUAUGGCAAUGCAGACAUCCCCAGAUAACAACAACCGUGUAAUUCGAGAAGCCAAUCGCCUGCAGGAGCAACAGCGUCUGUUGCAAUCCCGACAACAGACGCAGCCAGUUCCGCAGCAAGGUCAGCCCCAACAGGCACAGGCGCCAUUCCACAACCAGCAGUUUGCGCUUCAAGGAUCUCAUUCACCUAACCUGAACAACAUGCCGAAUGGUCCCAACAACCCUGCAAUGAUUGCUGCGCUUCAGGCUCAAGGAGGAAUGCAAAGCCCCUCAUUCCAUGGUGGUACACCCCAAGGUGUUUCGACUCCAUCUCCUCGCAUGACUCAACCCAACCCCCUCUCGAGUGGCGUGGUGCCAACUAUCAGCACUUUCCAAAAUCAGAUCCAACGCGCCAACCCUAAUCUCCCCGCGGAGCAGGUGAACAAGCUGGCCACGGAUCGGCUCAACCAGUAUCAGCAACAGCGCAUGUCUCAACAAGCGGCCAUGAAUGCUGCUGCUGGUGGCAUGAACAAUGUUCAAGCCAAUUACCAAGUGCCGCAUGAUGGAAAUUUCCAGACUCCUCAGCAGCCUGGUUUGCCCAACAGCAACCCAGCAAUGCAGGUCCCCCAGAACCAAGGUUUCUCUCCGAUGAUGCGUGUUCCCCAAACAAAUCAGCAAACUCGGGUUGCUCCUACUAGUUCACCUGCAAUCAAUGGAGCUGUUUCUCAGGCCAGCCGAAGUGCAACCCCUCAGACUCAGCGCAGCGGCAGCGCCCAGGCUGGCGCUGUGCAAGGCUCCAGCAAAAGCCCACACCCACCACCCGCUCCGACAGCGACCAGUUAA